UUUUGUCGGGAGAAUGGAGUGGUGGAUCGGUGUCCGGGUGUGUUUUUCGAGUCGGCUUAUAGUGGCCGCCGCCGCACGAGUCUUGAUAAUCCUCAAGAUGAUCUCAAGAUGAUGUAUGAUAACAUGAAGGAGAGAGUGCAACAUGCGUGCGAGAUAGGGAUGAUAAGCGAGGAAUAUAUAACCAACGAGGAAGCACAUAUGAUAUUCGAAGAAUAUCGGACUUCAAAUUUCACAAGUCAAGAUCACCCUACUGUUAUUCAGGUGCUACUAGAGAGUGGGAGUAACAAAGAUACAAGGGGCCAAUCAAUGCCAAACCUUGUCUAUGUUUCAAGGGAAAAAAGCAAGAGCUGCCCACAUCAUUUCAAAGGUGGCGCACUUAAUACCCUUAGUACUAACUUUUGUUCCCAAUGAUUAUUAAGCUUCGCGUCUCCGGUGUUAUGACAAAUUCACCAAUAAUCCUAACAUUGGAUUGUGAUAUGUACUCCAAUGAUCCUAGAACACCUAAACGGGCUUUAUGUUACUUUAUGGAUCGCUCAGUAAGGCCCCAUUUGGGUUAUAUUCAGUUUCCUCAACGCUUUUAUGGGAUCAACAAGGCUGACAUAUAUGCAAGUGAACAUAAACAUGUUUUCCAAAUUAACACAAUGGGCAUGGAUGGCUUCUCAGGCCCAAAUUAUUAUGGAACUGGAAGCUUUUUCUGGCGACAGACAUUCUUCGGUGGCCCAUCUAGUUUUUUUCACCCUGAAAUUCCGGAACUGUGCCCAGAUUAUGCUACGUCAAAGCCCAUCAAUGCUCCUGAAAUUUUGGAGCUUGCACAUAAAGUUGCAAGGUGCAAGUAUGAGGACCAUAAUGGAUGGGGUUAUAAGAUGGGAUUCAAAUAUGGAACAAUAGUGGAGGAUACGUAUACUGGUUACCGACUUACAUGUGAAGGAUGGAAUUCAGUAUACUGCAACCCAAAAAGGGCAGCUUUUCUCGGUAGCAUACCGAUUUCACUAAAUGACACACUUAGUCAACAAAAGCGAUGGGGAGUUGGUCUCUUACAAGUAGCUCUCUCAAAGUACUCGCCACUAACAUAUGGCACUCGUACGGCUGGUUUCAUAAUGGGUUAUUGUUAUACUCACCUUGCCUUUUGGCCAAUUUGGUGCAUUCCGAUAACGAUAUAUGCUUAUCUCCCUCAACUCGCUCUCCUUAAUGGAAUUUCCAUCUUUCCAAAGGCAUUUGACACAUGGAUUCUUGUAUAUGUGUUUCUUUUCAUCGGAGCAAACACACAAGAUUGUUAUGACUUCAUUUCGACCGAUGGAACAUUUCAGAGGUGGUGGAGUGACCAAAGGAUGUGGCUAAUGAGAGCAUUGUCGUCCUACUUAUUUGGAGGAGCUGAGUUCAUCAUAAACAAACAACUCCGAAUACCUACACUGCAAGGGUUCAAUUUGACAAGUAAAGUUGUUGACAAAGAAAAAGGAAAGCGUUAUGAACAAGGACUUUUCGAGUUCGGGGUGCCAUCGCCUUUGUUCGUGCCUUUAGCAACUGCUGCAAUCAUCAAUGCCGUUGCAUUCAUCAAAGCAGUUGUGAGUGUAAUAAUCUCAAAAGGGGAAUGUUUGGAUAUGUUCAUGAUUCAAAUGUUUCUUGCUAGCUAUGGAGUAUUAAAUGCUUGGCCGUUUUUUCAAGGGAUGGUGUUGAGAAGUGAUAAUGGAAGAAUGCCUAUCAUGAUUACCAUCACUUCAAGUUGCAUUGCCACAAUUAUUUAUAUUGUGUUUAUUUUGUUUAUUGGAUUUAGUGUGUAAUGCUAGCUAAUACAUUACAUACAUAAUUGAUUUUUAUUUUAGUUUCAAUAAUGUGUUAGUGUUAUUUAAUGCUACACCGCAUGUAUUUGUCAUAUCACAGUUGAAUUAUUCACGAAGUAUUAUUUAAUUUAUUAAAAUUCAUUUUUUAUGUAGUGAA